AUGGCGCCGACAAGGUUGGCAUCGAAGCCUAUCGGCGUCAAUGAAAACUUCAACGGUAUCAUGACUAACGGAAUAACGACGAGGAGUAAGCAAAUGGCUACUCUUAAAACGUAUAAAGAAAGCCUUAAAGUGACAAACAAGAGAAAAGCAGACAGUCCCCUAAAAGACAUGACGGCGAAAAGGGCGGCCUUCGGGGACAUUACAAAUGCCUUCAAUAAAUCCUGCGCCACCAACGAUAAGGAUAAAGUCACGGCAGUGAAAAAAGUGACGGUGGAAAGCAAAGUGCUCCCAACAGUAAAGAACAUCAAACCACAAACAGCUGUCCUGAAUGGCAAAAGUUCCAAGGCUAAGCAGCUGCAGAGAGUGGCCACAAAUGCUAUAGAGUCUGUUCAGAAGCAUUUUGUCAAGGACCCACCCAAACCUGUUGCAACAAGGGCCCAAAAUGGCAUACUCAAGCAUAUUGAGAGGAAAUCACUCGGCAAGGAAAAUUGUCAAAAUAACAGCCAGACCUCUGUCAAAUCAGGCAGUGAUGUUUCUGGAGAGCCUUCCUUAUAUUUGACAGCAUUGGAAAAUAUAAGUCCAAUUGACGUUACAAAGGAAGAAUGCAAAACGAUCAGUGAAAAGCUGAAUAAAGUGAACUUGGAUGACUCUGUGAACCGAUCCUUAGAUGAAGAGACUGAGAGCCCCCACCGGGUGCCCGAUGGCAUUGUUGAUUUCGACAAGGAAAACUGGAAUGAUCCAUUCCAAGUAUCGCACUAUGCGAUGGACAUCUUCAAUUACUUGAGGAGCAGAGAGCGGCUUUUCCCUAUUGAUGACUAUCUUCAACGGAUGAAAGGCAUCACCUCAUGGAUGCGCGCACUCCUCGUAGACUGGAUGGUUGAAGUUCAAGAAAGCUUCGAAUUAAACCACGAGACCUUAUACCUAGCUGUGAAGCUGGUAGACUUAUUCUUUACAAGGUCUACAAAAACGCAACCGGAAAAAGAUCAUUUGACAAAGGAAGAGCUACAGCUGCUGGGCGCUUCGGCGUUGUUCAUUGCGUCUAAGUUCGAUGAACGCAUCCCACCACUCAUCGAUGAUUUUCUCUACAUCUGUGAUGGAGCAUAUACAUUGGGACAAAUGCUCAAAAUGGAGAUGAAUAUUUUGCGUGUUAUAGACUUUGAUCUUGGUAUACCGUUAUCUUACCGUUUUCUCAGGAGAUAUGCGAGGUGUGCUCGGGUGUCCAUGCCGACGCUGACUCUUGCGCGAUUCGUACUAGAGCAAUGCCUUCUAGAAUAUGGACUGUUAGGACAUUCGGACAGCAAGAUGGCUGCCGCGGCGCUUUACAUCGCGCUGCGUAUGAAGUCACUGGGAACAUGGACACCCACGCUACAGUACUAUACUGGAUACAAACUUCAAGACAUUCUACCAAUAGUACUAGAACAGAAUGCGGCACUUCACAAAAAGCCAAAAUCGGCUAUCAGCACAGUUCGAAAUAAGUAUUCACACACAAUAUUCUUCGAAGUCGCUAAGGUGCCUCUGAUAGAUAAUUCAGCUCUCAGUAGCUGA